AUGUACUACAGAGUGACUGGUGUCUAUGGAACAGUACCCCAGCAAGGAACAAAUAUUUUUGUGGAUCAUUGCAGCAUAGCAAAAUGCUUGCUUAAUAAAUCAGUGGCCCAAAUAAGGUUCACUGUUGGUUGCAAAUGUUUAACAGGUUAUGACCACGCUGAAGUAAGUCAAGAUGAUGAUUGGACAGAUAUACAAAAGAAGAUAAUACCGUGGAAGAAUAGUGUCCCAGACCAAGUUCUGGAAUUGAUCUGUCAGCAAAGAACCACAAACUCUGGAAAACCUUCUGAUAGCAGCCUAAUUAUAGUGGCAUCACUUAUUGAUAAGUCUGCUAACCUGGGAGGUUUAUGUCGGACUAGUGAGAUAUUUGGGGCUUCUGCACUUGUUGUAAACAACAUGCAUUGUGUGAAUGACAAACAGUUUCAAGCCCUCAGUGUGUCUGCUGAACAAUGGCUGUCAGUCAUUGAGGUGAGACCUGCUCAGUUGGUUGAAUAUCUGCAGCAAAAGAAAACUGAAGGACAUACAAUCAUUGGAGUGGAACAGACAGCCAACAGCCAUAAUCUUGCGCAGUAUAGCUUCCCAGAAAAAACAUUGCUUUUGCUCGGGAAAAAAUCUAAAGUAAUUCGAUUGCAUAAUGUCUUUGCUUAUGAGCACCUGGAACAAAGUAAUCAUUCAGAAUAUUGA